AUGGGCGAAACCAUCGCGGAGGACUCGGUGUUCGAGGCCAAGGAUGGGCCACCCAUGAACGCCGAUGAGCUACGUCUGGCUCAGAUGGGCCAUACUCAGGAAUUGAAACGCCAUUUCAGUAUUUUAUCACUGAUCGGUCUAGCAUCCACGACAACAAUCUCUUGGACAGGCCUCGGACUGGGCAUUGUGACCGAAAUUAACGCAGGCGGACCCGGUGCAAUUAUUUAUGGCUUCAUUCUUGUUACUAUCAUGCAAUCCUUCUUGGGUGCCUCGCUGGCUGAGUUCGUUUCGAGUUAUCCAACGGAGGGUGGCAUGUAUCACUGGAUCGCCGCCGUGGCUCCAAAAAGACACAGUGCUUUCUUGAGUUUUUUGACUGGCUGGUUGACUGUCUGUGGUUGGAUAUUCACCACUGCAUCGACAAAUCUAAUUUUCGCUCAAGUCGUCCAAGCACUUUAUGCCCUUUACCAUCCUACCAUCGCAAUUAAAACCUGGGAGACCUUUGUCAUCUACCAGAUUCUGAAUGCUCUCACCGCUGCUGUGGUCCUUUUCGGGAACAAGAUCAUUCCAGCGUUAAACAAAUUCUCUCUUUUUUACUUGCAAAUUGGAUGGCUGGUUGUUCUUAUUACUGUUGUUGCAUGUGCCCCGACCCAUCAGAACAGUGAAUUUGUCUUCAGAACUUGGAUCAACAAUACCGGCUGGAGUAGCAACGGUAUCUGCUUUAUUACUGGCCUUGUGAACCCACUCUACAGUCUGGGGGGACUCGACGGCGUAACUCAUAUUACGGAGGAGAUGCCAAAUCCUUCUCGAAAUGCACCUCUAGCGAUUGCCAUCACUUUGUCCAUCGCGUUUGUCACCGGCGUCACCUAUUUAAUAGGUCUCAUGUUCAGCGUCCAGGAUUAUGCUGCCUUGUCAACUACCAGCACUGGCUUGCCCCUGGCCGAAUUGUUCCGUCAGGCGACACAAUCAGCCGGUGGUGCAUUUGGCCUCACCUUCAUUUUAUUUGUUGCCCUUGGACCAUGUGUCAUCUCAUCCCAACUUUCUACUUCGCGGGUCCUGUGGGCCUUUGCGCGUGACGAUGCCAUGCCGUUCUCCAAAGUAUGGGGGAAGGUAAGCAAGCGGUUUGGAAUUCCCUUCAAUGCGCAGCUGCUUGUUGCUGCCGCCGUUGCAGUGUUGGGCUGUCUGUAUCUUGGGAGCAGCACAGCCUUCAAUAGCAUGCUUGGCGCUGCUGUCACAAUCAACAAUGUUGCUUACUUGAUGCCAAUCUUGACGAAUAUGGGAACUGGCCGACGCAACAUGCACAAAGGCGCCUUCCACAUGGGCAAGUGGGGCUGGGUUAUCAAUGGCGUGGCCUUGGGUUGGCUUGUCUUUGCCAUCGUAUUCUUCAGCUUCCCUUACUCUAUGCCCCUUACAGUCGAGAAUAUGAACUACACUUGUGUUGUGGUGGGUGGUUUGCCUAUUCUCAUUUUAGUGUGGUGGUUCCUCGGAAGCAAGCAGUAUAAAGAGAAGAUUGCCAAUGCUAAGGAGGCUUAG